UUUGGCGCAUACAAUUUGCUUUGGUAUUGUUAUUGUUUUCGUCUGCCUCAGCCUGCUGCCUUUGCGUUUACUGUCCCUAUCACAAAUAUCACCUGGACCCGUCACUAAUUGCAACAGAAUUUCUGUUCGCGAAGUCAAGUUGAAAGACUAUGGGAGUGAGAGUAUUGAGGUCACUGACAACGGAGCUGGUGUAGAGGAAGUCAACUUUGAAGGACUGACUCUAAAACACCAUACUUCAAAGCUUCAAGACUUUGAGGAUCUUAUCAACGUCUCAACUUUUGGCUUCCGGGGAGAGGCGCUGAGUUCCCUUUGUGCGUUGAGCAAUAUGGUUAUCUCUACUCGCCACAAAGCUGCAGAUAUCGGAACACGGUUGGAGUUUGAUCUCAAUGGUCGAAUUGUCUCCCAAAAGUCGACGCCUCGACAGAUAGGCACCUCAGUUGUCGUGCAGAAUAUUUUUCACACUUUGCCAGUGCGUCAUAAAGAGUUCACUCGCAACCUGAAGAAGGAAUUUGCCCGUUUGGUUCAGGUUUUGAACGCAUACUGUAUUGUUAAUACAGGUGUACGCAUUACAUGCUCAAAUCAAACCACAAAGGGGAGUCGGUCCACUAUUGUGUCUACAAACGGCAACUCCUCGAUGAAGGAUAACAUCGCCAACGUAUUUGGACCAAAGCAGCUUAACAGUUUAUUGGAGUUCUCCCAGGUUGAACCAGACGAGUCUACCUGUUCUGACUUCGGCCUAAAAGUUCAACAAUUGUCUUCGGCAAACUUCAGACUAGAAGGCUUUGUGUCAAAAUGUGAACAUGGACAGGGCAGGAGCACCUCUGACCGACAGUUCAUCUUUAUCAACAAGAGGCCAUGUGACGCUGUCAAGAUUGUAAAACUGGUGAAUGAGGUCUACCAUAUGUACAAUCGACAUCAGAAUCCAUUCAUUUCUCUCAACAUUUCUAUGAGUAAAGAGUCAGUAGAUGUGAAUGUAACACCAGAUAAGAGACAGAUUUUUGUUGAGGGGGAGCGUCGUUUACUUGCUGUUAUAAAGAGCUCUUUGAUUCAGAUGUUUGAGCCGACGACCUCUGUUUACAAAAUGCACAAUGUUUUAGCUCCCCAGCUGACAGUCUCGCCAAAAGUUGGAGUUCCAGGUCAAGAGGAUUCCCCGGAUCAGAGAAGCAGUUUAGCAAAGUUGUCAGCAUUGUCCAAGGUACACAGUUAUCCUCCAUCAAAUCCAUCACAGGGUGACAACGGGACGGACACGCUGUCCAAACUGAAGCGGUCAUUCAGCAGUGCCUUUGCCAGGAACGAGUCUGCCGUGGCUGCCUCUCCUUCCAGAGCACCCAAAAGCUCAAAGAUGGCCUCCCUCGAGAUGAACAAGUCCUCCAGUCUCCCCUCUCGGUUCGGCUCCUCGAAUGAAACGGGGUCCAUCACUCAGUUUUUGUCUCGGUACUCGCCAAAAAAGAAGGAGCCGAAGACCGACUCGCGUGACUCUGAUGAAAGUCGUUCCUCCAAGAUGUGUUCUCCAGUGUGUUCUGCUGGCACAGAGUUAGACCCAGAGGGUACAGGGGGAAAUGACAAUGUGAUUUUAGUUGAAAGUGAUAGAAAGUCUUUUGGAUCAUCAACAAAUACGGACGUUGAUAACGAAAUAAAGUGCUCAGAAAUUGAAGAAAGAUCUAGUGUUGACGGUUUCCCAAGCUGUGCUGUACCUGAACGGGGUGUAAAGUUGUCUGUUUCGUUGGAGGAGGAAUCUCAGAGUCAGUCUAACAAGGCAAUUAAUGAACAGCUCGGUGGUAGCGAGAAAUCUGAAAGUAUUUCAAGUUCCCUUCCCUCUGAAGACAUGCCGGCAACAGCGUGUAGUGGAGAGGAAACAGCAGAAGCUGACAGCGCUGUGUGCGAGGAUGAUUUGAAGGAAGAUGUCUCAGAUGUUUCUCCUCAUGCUCCACAACAGGAAGGUCCUUGUGUAACCGUCAUAAGCAUGCAAAGACAUGUUCUCCAGGAUGGAAGUGCUUGGUCAGUUCAAUCUGGGAUUCAUCAUCGCAAAGCUGGGCGUGGAUUUGUUCAUCGUCGACCAGCAUGCAACAGAUGAAAAGUACAACUUCGAGAUGUUGCAGCGCCAUACGGUGCUGCAGAGCCAAAAGAUGAUUUUACCCCAGUGCUUGGAGCUGACUGCCAGCAAUGAGACAAUUCUGGUGGACAACUUGGAAGUGUUCAAGAAGAACGGCUUCGACUUCCUUAUCAAACCAGAAGCUCCGCCUACUGAGCGAGUGCAGUUGAUCAGUGCCCCAGUCAGCAAAAACUGGACAUUCGGCAAGGAUGACAUUGAAGAACUCCUCUUCAUGUUGAUGGAUUCUCCAAAUGUGAUGUGCCGGCCCACACGUGUAAGAAUGAUGUUUGCUUCGAGGGCGUGCCGAAAGUCUAUCAUGAUUGGAACAGCUCUCAAGAAAUCAGAGAUGAAGAGGUUGGUGACUCACAUGGGAGAGAUUGAACAGCCCUGGAGCUGCCCCCACGGACGGCCCACCAUGCGACAUCUGUUCAACAUGGACAUGCUGCCCACAUGAGCGGGAGAUGUCCUGUGGCCCAGGAGGGCAUGCAGCAGUGUGGGGAGCUCCUGUCAGCCUGGAGGAGAAGAGAAUUUCCCACAGUGACCCAGGCUGUGUUGAUAUUGUCGCUCAGCUCGCCGAGUGUCAGUGAGAGCCCUGUCAGUCCACCAGCAAACCGGAGCGCACUCUUAUAAUAAUAAUAGUGAUAAUAAUCAGGGUUGCCAAGUCUCCGUUUUUUCCUGCUUUUUGCGGGGGUUUUUUCAUACACUUGCAAAGGAAAGGUGAAUGGUAAGAGAAAUGUUUUUGUUUGCUCGUAUAAAGAUUUUACAAGGUUCGUUUUAGGUGAGGUGUGAUACUCCGCUCAUUUUCCUUUUUUUUUUUCAAAAAUCAUUUGGCAUCCCUGAAUAAUAAAUUACAUUGCUAUUGAUCCCCAUCGGGCAAUUUGUGUUACCAUGGCAAACAUACAAAAGUAAAUUACAUAAUUAUAAAUACAUACAUGACAUAAAUACCAAGGGUUACUAAAAAAUACAUGCACCACCGAAUUCCUGACUUGGCUAGCAAAGACCAUUGCUGUCUCCAUCAUGAUAGACUUCAAACCCCCAAGGGUCAUCAUCAUAAACCUCACGGGUCUGUAAUAAGCCUCACAACAUGAAGUUUUUAGCAUGCGCAGUGGCGUCUUCCUUGUGACAUCACACAGAUCAUAACGAUUCCAUGUCAUCUUUUUAGAAUGCAGCACAAUCUUAUUUUGACCUUAUGCAGUAGCGAGCACUGACAGCAAUAUUUCAGAAAAAGAGGUGUGCAUUCUAAAAAGUGAUGUAGUGUCUUUGUUAUGACGUUUAGCAAUUAGAUAUAUAUAUAUAUAUAUAUAUAUAUAUAUAUAUAUAUAUAUAUAUAUAUAUAACAAUGUUUACAUAUAAAUGAACAAAGAUUUUAAAAAUUAAAGUUUAAUCACGUUUUAUAGGAUUUUGUUUAUGUGGCAGUCGUGGAUGUUGUUGUUGUUGUUAAAAAAAUAACAUUUUAGUGAGUUAAGACAACAUGACUGAUUAAACAUUGAAAUAACAAAACUGUUUGUGUGACAAAUAAAUGUUGAAAAACUAUAAGAUA